CCCUGCCCCACCUCCAACAAUUGCAUUGUGCAGCAGCCGUACCUAUCACGAGGUGCCUCAGGUUGCGCGAUACGAUAGGGCUGCAAGGUAACUCGCUCGGGCGCGUUGCGACCGACGAACUUGCUUCUAGAAAGACCAGAGAUAUUUGUCAAAGUCAAUCUCGCAAAAGAUGCUAAGGAUUGAGUACGAGCUCAUCUUCGCUGCGUCGGAAAACGAGUCGACAUACCGUCUCAGGCGCCGGAUAUCGGAUCCUUGGGAAGUUUGCGAUGAGGCUAAAGAUCUUUCCCCGUAUUCGGAUCUGCAUACAGCGCCUCCUCCGCUUUUAGGGCAUUAUUACGGUAGCCAGCGUACGGUAUACCGUUCCCUAUCGACCCAUGAAGAUCCGCUACGCGGACUGACGAAAGCGCCUUCAAGAGAAUCGGCGCAGAUUAGCGCACUCCGCAUGGGAGGCAGAGAGGUCUGUUGCUGCGCGGGUCCUCCCAUACGAUGCCAAGCAGACGGCUCACCGCUAGAUGCCCUAGAUGAGGGAAGGCAAUGGCGAUAUUCGUUGCAAUGGCACCGCGGUGCUAACGUCCAUCUUGUGCGACAUGUGGCCUUCUGGUUGCCCGGGUGCUGCGCUGCUACCCUACUCGAGCCGGGAGCCACAAAAAUGUGUCCGGUCGAGCUCGUACAAAACGUCAUUACGAGGGUUCUGAAGGGUUCUGCAGUUUUGGAGGAUUGUUUCUUCUUGGUGGUACAGAAAGGAGUCUAUCUACGGUGGAUAUCUACCUACGUGAUGUGGAGGUCUGCUUAAGCUUUGGUGGCUCAAGCACGGGGCGGUAACUUCGUCACUUCAUUAGGCCGCACCGCCGAACUGGCGUGCGAGCCUAUGGAAAAGACAUCGCCAGCAAACAUGAAAAGGAAAACAUGAGCCCGAAUUCAUAUCCCAGUGGCCGAAGCCCAGGCCGAAUGCCUGAAUCGCUGACGAAACGGAAAGAAAUAAAGGAAAUAUGUCCGUUGAGACCCCUAGUCGUACAACUACAUACCCGGCGUAACCUGGACCAGGACCAGAUACCACAGAAGAGAGAAGAAGGAGAUGAAAAAGCUAAAAGCAACGCUGGACUGAUUGAAACGAACCUGCCCGCCUCGCCAAUGAUGAACCGACCGACAGAAGCAAACG